AUGGCCGAGCCCGUGGCCCAGAUGACUAUUCCUCGCUUGGAGCUCCGCGCCGCCCUGCUGGCUGCUAAGCUUCUGCGCUCGACGGCCGAAGAACUAGCAGUUCCGAUUGAGCGCUGUCACGCCUGGUGCGACUCGCAAACUGUGCUGCACUGGGUUCGCUCCGAUCAGCCAACCAACAACGCCCUCGUUGACAACUACGUGGCCCAGAUACAGGACACGCUACCCCCGAGCGCCUGGCGGUACGUGCCGUCGCAGUCCAAUCCAGCCGACGUGACCACUCGAAGCGCGGACAUGUCCGGUCUCAGACAACAACUCCUGUGGUGGGACGGUACGCCGUGGCUCGCUGACAACGACCGAGCUUGGCCCCAGGAAGCACUUCAAGAGGUGACACCCUUGCCGUUGGCCUGCUACGCCACCCAUCUGGCUGAGCCUAGCAUACUUGAACGAUAUUCCAAGCUUCACACUCUACUCGUCGUUCUCGUGCGCACUCGUCGGUGGGUCCGGCGCCAGUUGCGUCACCCACCUGUCCUGCCGGUGCUCUCACCACUGACCCCCGCCGAGCUUCAAGAUGCCUUCCUGGCCUGCGUCCGUUUGAGCCAAUCGGAAACGUUCGGCGAAGAGCGCGCGCGUUUGCAGAGCGGUAAGCGAUUGCCAAAAGGAAACCCCUUGACUUCUCUUGCGGCUUUCCUCGACACCAACGGCGUUCUGCGCGUCGGCGGGCGGCUGGGUUUCUCCUCGCUACCUUACGAAGAGCGGCAUCCACUGAUCCUUAGCGGAGCCUCAUCGCUCGCCUCGCUGGUCCUUUCUUGGGCCCAUACUCGAGCUCUUCACGGCGGAUACAAGGUCACUAGCGCCUACGCGGCCCAGCGUGCAUGGAUUCUCGGUGGCCCACGCAGAAUCAAGGCUUAA